AUGAAUCAAAAUUAAGUUGAUAGAAAUCUUGGAAUUUCAGAGAUGGAAAAUUAAAAAAAAAAUAAUUACAGCAAAUGUUCUAUUCAUCCAAACCAUGAACUCCUUUUAAUGAGGUUAGAUAAUGAAGAGGAUGAGUAUGUACUUAAGUGUAUCAAGUGCUUUGAUUAAAAGAAAUUAAAAAAUUUUAUUCUUCUUGAAACAUUACUAGAAAGCAAAAAUGAAACAAUAUUUAAAGGUUGGCCAAUAUUUGAUGAUGAGUUAUUUUACCCAAAGCUUAUUGAAAUAUCUUAAAAACCUUCACAAUUAAAAGAAAAUUAAUAAAAAGUUAAAACAUUUUUCAAGAAUUUCUAAUCUCAAGUCAUCUUUGCAUUAGAAGAAAAAGAAAACGAAAUUUUAACUAACCUCGAGGAAGCAUAAAAAGUUUAUGAAUAACCUUUAAAUACUUAUAAUGAAAUCUCUUAAAAAGAAAAGCUGAAAUAAAUUCUAUAAACCGAGCAUGAAGACAAAGAAAAACAAAAUGAAUUGCUUAAAGAGAUAAUAUAAGAAAAUAAAUAAAAAUAUGAAAUUAAUUACUAAAGGAUGCAAGAUUCUAUUGAUAACUCACAAAAAUAUGUUAUCGAUUUGAAUAAUCACUAAAAGGUAAUGAACAACGUAAUUGGUUUAAUUAAUGAGCUUGGAGUAUUCAAUUCUUUGAAUUUGAGCUAAAAUGUUUAGGAUAAUGACUAGAUAGAAAAAUAAAAUAAUAAAAUCAACGAUCAAAAUUUUAUAAAAGUGAGGAAAAUAGAACUUCUUCCAGUAUGUCAGUAUUAUAAAAACAUUCAAAUCAGAUUUAAGAAGUUCUUUCUAGCAAAUGAUGAUGCUUUAAAAAUUUCAAGUGCUUUAAUGAAUUGUUAAAGAGUAACUAACUUAGAACUUAAUUUUCAAAAUUCUACGGUAAGAAAUAUAGGACUCAAAUCAAUAGCCGAUAGUUUAAAACAUAUGAGAGAUAUUGUUUGUCUUUAUAUAAACUUAGAGAAUACUUCUGUUUCUAAUUCAAACAUUAAAAAUAUUGCAUAAUCUAUAUCAAAUUUAAAAAAUCUAAAAGGUCUUAAUCUUAAUUUGAGCUUUAAUAGGUUAGAUGUGCUAUGUUGUGAUCAUAUUUCGAGGAUAUUUAGAAAUUGCUAAAAAAUAUAACAUUUGAAUCUAAAUUUAUGCCAGAAUUAGAUAUGUGAUUAAGGUUUGACUUUUAUUGCAAAUGGAUUGUCUGAAAAUGAAUUAAUAGAAGGCUUAGAAUUAAACUUAAAAAAUAAUAAGUUUAGUCUGUAAGGAAUUAAAGAAAUUUCAGAUAGUUUGAAAAUAUUUAAACACAUGAACAAAUUAAAGCUAAAUUUGAUAAAUUGUAAAAUUGGUGAUGAUGAAGUCGGUUUAAUUUCAAAAGCUAUACAAACUUAUGAAAAUAUCACUAAUUUAGACCUUAACUUAUCUUAAAAUUCAAUUACUAGUAGUGGUGUAAAGGAUAUUGAAGAAGCUAUAAAAAACUAUAAGAAAUUAGUCAAAUUAGAACUUAAAUUAGAAUAAAACAUUAUUAAAUGUUUAGGAGCAUAUUAUAUCGCAAGAUCUAUUUAUUAUUAUGAAAAUCUUUAGAGUUUAAAUCUUAAUUUAAGUUAAACAAAUACUUAAUUAGAUGGAGUCUAUGAAAUAAUGAGUUCGAUAUAAAAUUUUCAGAAUUUAAGUUGCUUAACUAUUGAUUUUUAAUAUGGUUUAAUUGAUGAAAUUGGAGCUUAAAGUAUAGCUGAUGCAUUGUAUAAAUUAAACAAACUUACUAAUUUAAAGCUAGGAUUAAAUUUUUGUAAAAUCGGUAAAAAUGGAGCUAAUAGCCUUGCUAAUGCUAUCUAAAAUUUAUAAAAUUUAAUUGAAUUAAAUCUUUAUUUAAGCUCAAAUAAUUUAGGAGUUGAAGGAACAAAUAAUAUUUUAAAGGCAAUAGAAAAACAAAGAGGUCUUAAAUAUUUGAUUCUCAAUUUAUGUUAAAACUAAAUUGAUGAUUCUGCAGCCAUGAUUAUAUCUACCAUUUUAGAAAAUAAUGCAUAACUAAAAACAAUAAAAAUUUAUCUUAACAAUAAUUAUGUUAUUAGUUCAUUAGGAGCAUCAGCCAUAGCUAAUUCAAUAGAAAAAUUAUAAAAUGUUUCAAAAAUAUAAUUAUAAAUUUAAAAAAAUCAAAUAGGAUUAGAUGCAGCUAAAAGUAUUGCAAUGGCAUUAGAAAAAUAAUAAAAUAUUUCUGAAUUGCAUCUAAAUUUAAUGUAUACUUAAGUAUAAUAAGGAGGAAAUCAGAUUAUUUAUAAAUCUAUAAUGAAUAUUAAAUAAAUUAAAGAACUAAUCCUCUAUUUAAGUUAUGAAGAUUGCGAUUUAGACUCAAUAAAAGCUUUAUCAAAUUUUUUAGAAAAAUAAAAGAAAAUUGAUAAUUUCCACACUUUAAUUACCUAAAAAUAAAUUGGUUUAAAUGAAAUUAAAAUGAUUACAAAUUCCAUAAGUUAGUAUAACCUUACUAAUCUACAUCUAGGUUUUAGCCAAAAUACAAUUAGUUAUGAAGGAGCUAAAUGUAUUUCAUAAGUUAUUUAAAAUUUCUAAAGUCUUACUACUUUAAGUCUUCGUUUAGCAAAAAACUUGAUUUGUGACGAAGGAAUCAAAUAUAUUGCAUAAGCAAUAAAAAACUUCAAACAUAUGAUUGAAUUCCGUCUUUAUGCAGAAAAUAAUUAUAUUAAAACUGCUGGAUUAAUAAGUAUUGUACACGCUAUGGAAGGAUACUAAAAUGUUUAAUCUCUUACUCUUUAAUUUGAUUAAAAUUUGAUAGAAGAUAAUGGACUGAUGAGCCUUUCUGAUUUAAUUUAAAAAUAAGAAAACUUGAUCAAUCUAACUCUUAGCUUCGAAUAGAAUCAAAUUUAAAAGGAUGGAAUUAAAUAUAUUGCACAAAGCAUUAAAAAAUGUUAAAAUAUUUAGAAACUAGAACUUUCUUUAUAGGCAAAUAAUUGCAAGGAUGAUAUGUUAGUUUGUUUUGCAACAUCAUUAGAAAAUCUAAAAAAAUUAAAAAAAUUGACUCUAAAAUUCAUGCAAAGUUAUAUUACUUCGAAAGGAUUUAAAAUUUUUUGCAAUUUUGUCAAAAAUAUGCAAAGUAUUUAUGAAUUUAACUUGGAUUUAAAGUCUAGUUUGUGCAUUAAUUCGAACGAAAAAGAAGCUUUGAAGUAGUUUUUUUCAAAAAUGUUUAGAGGAUUUAGAUUUUAUAGUUAAAAUUUCUGA